AUGAUGCUGCCCACGGCGUGGGUCGGCUGGAGUCUCCUGCCGCUCCUCGGCAUCGGGUUCACGGUAUUCCGCUACAGCAGCAUCGACCCCGAGUCGCACCCCGUCAACCAGCGGCAGCUGCUGAGCACGUACGACUUUAUAGUAGUGGGGGGUGGCUCGGCCGGGGCGGUGGUGGCCUCGCGGCUGUCGGAGAUCCCGGAUUGGAAGGUCCUCCUCCUGGAAGCCGGUCCGGAUGAGAACGAGGUGUCGGACGUGCCGGCGCUCACGGGGUACAUGCAGCUGUCCGAGUUCGACUGGAUGUACAAGACCGAGCCGCCGAGCAAUUCGGCCUACUGUCUGGCUAUGGUGGGCGACCGGUGCAAUUGGCCCCGUGGCAGGGUCUUGGGUGGCUCGAGUGUCCUCAACGCCAUGGUUUACGUGCGCGGCAACAGGCGGGACUACGACAACUGGGAGCGCCUGGGCAACCCGGGCUGGAGCUACGAGGACGUGCUGCCCUACUUCCUGAAAUCCGAGGACAACCGCAACCCCUACCUGGCGGCAACGGCGUACCACGCGACAGGCGGCUACCUCACGGUCCAAGAGACCCCAUGGCGCACGCCCCUGUCCAUCGCCUUCCUCCAAGCCGGCCUCGAGCUCGGCUACGGGCUGCGCGACAUCAACGGGGCCAACCAGACCGGCUUCAUGAUCACCCAAGCGACCAUGAGACGCGGCAGCCGCUGCUCCACCGCCAAGGCCUUCCUACGACCGGUCCGCAACCGGCCGAACCUCCACGUGGCCCUCAACGCCCAAGCGACCCGCGUGAUCCUCAACCACGACAGGCGGGCCACGGGCGUCGAGUUUGUCCGCGACGGGCGCAAGCAGCACGCCCGGGUCAGGCGCGAGCUCGUCCUGUCGAGCGGCUCCAUCGGCUCGCCCCAGCUGUUGAUGCUCUCGGGGAUCGGGCCCAGGAAGCACCUCGAGGCCCUCGGCAUCCCCGUGAUAUCGGACCUGCCCGUGGGCGAGCACCUCCAGGACCACGUGGGCCUCGGUGGCCUGACCUUCCUCAUCGACGACCCCAUCACCUUCAAGAAGGACCGCUUCCAGACCCCGGCCGUCUUCCUCGAGUACAUACUGAACGAGCGCGGCCCCAUGACCUCGCAGGGCGUCGAGGCCCUGGCCUUCGUCAACACCCGCCACGCCGAGCCGUCCGGCGACUUCCCCGACAUGCAGUUCCACUUUGCCCCGAGCUCCAUCAGCUCCGACGGUGGCGACCAGAUCCGCAAGAUCACGGGCUUGAGGGACAGCGUCUACAACACCAUGUACAAGCCCAUCCAAAAGGCCGAGGCCUGGUCCAUCCUGCCCCUCCUGCUGCGACCCAAGAGCUCGGGCUGGGUGAGGCUCAAGAGCCGCAACCCCAUGGUCCACCCGGAGAUCGUGCCCAACUACUUCACCCACAGGGAGGACAUGGACGUGCUGGUCGACGGGAUCAGGAUAGCCAUGCGGGUCUCCAAUUCCUCGGCUUUCCGGAGGUUCGGCUCGCGGCCGUUGAAGAUCAAGAUGCCGGGCUGCCAGCGUUUUCCCUUCGACACGUACGAGUACUGGGAGUGCGCGAUACGGCACUUUACCUUUACGAUCUACCACCCGACGGGCACCUGCAAGAUGGGCCCGAGGGGCGAUCCCACAGCGGUGGUCGACCCGAGGCUCAGGGUACACGGGGUCAAGGGGCUCAGGGUCGUGGACGCGUCCAUCAUGCCCGAGAUCGUCAGUGGCAAUCCGAACGCCCCGACCAUCAUGAUCGGCGAGAAGGCGAGCGACAUGAUCAAGGAGGACUGGAAAAUGCUGAGGCGGGAAGCUUCCGCUCGCGGCAGGUAG